AUGCACCGAACACCAGAACCAGGCAUGGCUGGGAAGCCGUUCCGGGCCACCUUUAUCUGGGGCAGCAUCAUCUCCAAUCUCCAGACUCGCGUGGAGGUUAAGCGCCGGCGCCACAACCUAAAGUCCUACCAGGACUGUUUCCUGGGCUCAGAGGCCGUGGACGUGGUGCUGACACACAUCACCCUGAACCGUUUCUUUGGCGAUGGGGUGCCCCGCUACAAGGCUGUCCGUCUCUGUCAGGCCCUGAUGGACUCCAGGGUGUUUGAGCCAGUGGGCAUUAAAGUAUUUGGCAGGGAAAAGAAGCCAGCCACAUUCGAGGACAGUAGUUGCAGUUUGUACAGGUUCCUCAGCCCAACAAACAGCUCCUCAUCACCGCUGGCCAACGCCAACUCCACUAGCACCAUCGAGUGCGGCUACGACUCACCAGGCAUGAACAGGAACGAGAGCGGCUACAGUUCAUCAGAUGAAAGACAAGCCGCGCUGAGCUACUCCACCCAUUCCCCUGUGAAAACAGACAAAUCACUGGAGGACGUGCUCGGAAACCUCAACCUGAGCACUUCCAUCACCCCUCAAAUGAUCAACCUCGGCCUCUCACAAGAGCUUGUGGAUGAGGUGUGGCACCAGCAGGCUGUGUUCAGGCUGUUGCAGCUGAUAGAGCUCCCCCUGUUGGAGAAGCUGUUAGAGGGUAAAGACACAUCACAGGCUCCCCUGCAUGGCAUGGACAGUGACCCGGACCUGUUGUACACAUCAAGCUACCUAGACCGAGAGGUCCUCAAGGCCUUCAGUGAAGCACAGGCUGAUGAGUGGAUGUCAGGAGCGGUUGACUGUUUAGAGUUUCUUCCUGAUGAACGGGUGGUGGAGGUCAGCCGAGUUUUGUCCGGUUGUGCUGACGACCUGCCCCGGUGUAAGAGUCUGCUCUAUGACAUCCUGGCUCAGCAUUACGGACACUCUCAACAGCCACCUCUGCUCAGCAAUCACAUUUUCGACAUCCACUCUGGCAUCUCGGAGCUACUCGUGAACGGCAAGCAAGAGCAAGCUCUAGAGUCCCUGCAGCUCAGCCUGAAGCUGCAAGACUCUCGCAGCAGGGAGGAGCUACGCAGGCUCCUGAGAUUCAUGUCUGUUGCAGCCAAAUCACAGGAGGUCAAGCUGCAUAAAGAGAUUGAGAACAGAAUGGCGGUGAAAAGGUCUUUCUCAAGUGCCAUCGUCUACAGCAAAAGACUCUCCAAAGGAAAGGUGGACUUGAUGGUUUUGUUCAUGAUGGAUAACCAUUGCGAUCUGUUCAAAAUCCCGGUUUCAUUACACAAGAUGGUGAGUGACAGAAUGAUGAAUAUUGUGAAAGGAAAGGAUCCAGAAGUGUUAACAGGAUCAACGUACUGCACCAGAGUGAGCUCUAAGGCAUACUCGGAAAACGCAGAAAAAACUACUAAAGACGAACUUUGGUCCUUACUCCAGAGAGUCCAUGAGAACCCGAAACUCUCCGAUAAAGAAAAGAGACGGCUGCUGGGACAGUUUUAUAAAGGCCACCCAGAGAUUUUUGUUCAGUACUUUGGAAAUAGAUUGUCCAGUAUCAAUGUGUUGCUACAGUGA